AUGUCCUUCAGAGGUGGACGUGGAGGCUUCUCAAGGGGUGGCGGCGGCCGUGGUGGCAGUCGUGGUGGAUUUGGCGGAGGCGACCGUAAUGCGAUCCCUGACCAAGUCCUCGAGCUCGGUACAUUCAUGCACCCUUCAGAAGGUGACCUUGUCUUUUCAUCCACGCACACCAAAAUCCCUUACUUCAAUGCUCCCAUCUUCCUUGCCAAUAAAUCACCAAUCGGCAAAGUCGAUGAGAUCCUAGGGCCGAUGAAUCAAGUUUACUUUACAGUCAAGCCACAAGAAGGUAUUCAAGCGACGUCGUUCAAGGAAGGCGACAAGUGCUUUAUCGGCGGUGACAAGCUCCUCCCAAUCGAGCGUUUCCUACCACAACCCAAGAUCGCAGGCGUCAAGAAGCCUGGACGUGGAGGUGCGCGAGGUGGGUUUGCUGGUCGUGGUGCACCUCGUGGUGGUGCGCGCGGCGGGCGUGGUGCACCCCGUGGUGGAUCGUCGUUUGGCGGCGGUAGAGGUGGUGGCCGUGGCGGAUUUGGCGGGGCUCCUGGCGGUCGUGGUGGUUUCACACCAAGAGGUCGUGGAGCGCCGCGAGGACGGGGUGGAUUCACUCCUAGAGGUCGUGGUGGGUACUAA